UGAGGUGGUAUCUCAGUGUGGUUUUGAUUUGUAUUUCUCUGAUGAGGAGCGACGUUGAGCAUCUUUUCAUGUGCCUGUUGACCAUCUGGAUGUCUUCAGCAUGUGAAAUCUUGAAAAAAAUCUCACUGACAAUGAAAUUCUAAAGUGUACAACUUCUGUGUUUUAAUGCAAGUUUUGACUCUAAAAGAAGGAGCUUUGACAGAAGUAAUAAGUGGUUCAACAACACGUGUUUGACUGCAAGCUGCAGGAAGAGCUUUGCCAGUAAUACAGCAGGUCCCUCCUUGUCCUCAGAGGAUGCAUUUCCAAGACCCCAGGGGCUGCCUGAAACCGUGGCUAGUACUGAUCCCCAUGUAUACUAUGUUUUUUUCCUGUACAGGUAUACUUAUGAUGGAAUAAUGUACAAACUAGGCACAGUAAGAGAUUAGCAACAACUAGUAAUAGAACAGUUGGAAAAGUAUGCUGUAAUAAAAGUUAAAGGUAUGUGGUCUCGGAGUGUCUUUGUGUACCGUACUUACCCUUCUGGUGACGAUGUGAGAUGAUGAACUGCCCACGUGGUGAAAUGAAGUCAGGGGGACGACGCAGGGGCUGUGACGUAGCAUUAGGCUACUGUUGACCUUCUGGGGGUAUGUCAGGAGGAGGGCGCAGUUGACUGUGGGUGGCGGGGGCUGCAGAGAGGGAACCUUGGCUGAAGGGGGACUGCUGUGUGCCUGUCCCUGAAUUGCCCUGUGUAGUACAAGAAUCUAAACAGCCCACACCCAGGACCUGCCAUGGCUCAUCCUAGUCGGGCACGAGUUGCCUUCAGGUUCCUUUCCUCUGUCACUGUCUUGGCAGUUGUUUUAUCGUGUUCGUAUUUGCAUUUUUUGCAUUGGGGCCGUUGAUAGAUUUUGAAGUAGUUCUAGUGGUUUUAAGGUCUGUCACACCUCACGGUCGUUUGGAUUUUAGCAUUCUAAAGGUUUCUAACCCAAUAUCCGCCUUUUUUUUUUUUUUUUUUUGUAUUUUAUGUUUUUCUACAAAAUGAUGUGAGAGUUAAAACGUAUGAUUAUAUAUGAGUGCUGUUUUUAGUUUGAAAUUUAAAUCCUGCAUGGUCGAAUGGAAUAAACUGUGUUUUUUACAGGUAACUCUAGGCUAUCCCAGCUUGCUUCUGUGUGCACCUCCCUCCCUAUUAAUUUUAAAGGCUGAGAGAAGAAAUAAUGUCGAAUGAAAUAAAAAUAAUUAAAACAAUUUUCCUAAGAAUUUCUAAUUCUGUGACUUAAUAUCCCCCCCCCCCCCCCCAGUCUUUAAGGAGUGUUUUUCUUUUUUGGGUGAGGAGGUGGGUAAGUAGUUACUGAACCACAUUGAGAAUCUACUGAACCACAUUGAGAAUCUGCCUUUUUUCUUGCAUCAUGGUACUUUGAAGUCUCUGGCAUUUGAACCUGAGUUUGGCACUGGUGUGGAGAGGAAGAGCAUGGUUUUAAAUGUCAUGCGAGUGGGUAGAGUCGUUGACCUCAACUAAGGUGUGAUCUUGAACUUGAUACUAAUCUUCAGGGUCCCCUCCAGUUCCAGCAGUCACUGACUUCCCUCUCCUUUAUUCACAUUCGAAAAGGAAAAGCCUCUCUCCUUGGAUAUCAGGUUGUAUCUGAAAAUUGUUGACAAAUUAUAUAAAGCAGAGAAGAAAGCAAGUUUUUGUUUGUUUUAAGGUCUGCCGAGGAAUAAUUGACACACAUAAUUAGGACACAGGUUUUGAUGUCUUGAAGCUCUACAGUGGUAGAGCUGGAAGGACGGUGUUGACACCGCUACUCAGUGGAGCAGAGGUACCACCCCUGCAGCGGGUUCUUGUGUCCGUCACCGCAGCCCUGGUGGCCCGGGAGUUGCUCCUUCCGGCAGCACCCUGGCAUCUCUGCCGUAGGGAACCACCGUCUCCUUCGGAUUGGCGGGGGAUGCCCGAGCUAGUCUCAGGUAGCUUUUUCCAGAAUUCGUUUUUGUGCAGAGAUUGAUCUAGAAGAUUUUACUUCUAAACAUCUUCCUUCCCAUUUCUGUUUUUGGUUUUUUGGGUUUUGCUUUGUUUUGUGUGGUCUUUUGUUUUGUUUAACCUGAGUUACUGAUGAUCAUAUUUUUACUCUUUUUAGGUAGAAGUUUUCUGAACUUUCUUUACCUAAAAAGAGAAAUUCAUCUUAAUAUUUCUCCAUUUUUCUCCUGUUUCUUCCCAGGGAAGGAGAAAUAUAUUUAUUAUGACAAAAUUUAGCGUAUUUUAGUCCCAUAUGGAAACAUUGGUAAGUGCAGGAGCUACUGUGAGUAGAAAUGGGACAUUGGACUGGAAAAUGAAAAUCCCCCCCAAAAUGAGUGGGAAGCAGUUAAAUGUGGGGGCAUUAGCCAUGUUUUCUUUUUUUUUCUUCAAUAAACCCUUUUAGUUUAUUAAUAUCUAAUUCAAUAAAACUGAUUUUAAAGACCUCGUGCACCUUUUAUGACCUUUCAUUGAACCACUUUACUUUCGAUGUUCUCCGUUGUGACAAAAUUGUGUUUCCAUUAUUGAUGAAAUGGGAGCAGACUUUUUGUCUGUUGGUGUUAUCUUUGUGGCGUAGGUCUCGGGAGAAGAUCUUGUUUGGUGGUAAAGUAACAUUUUGGUAACAUCUCGGUAAUGAAAUGCGAUUUAUCUGGGUAUCUUUAAACCUGGCAUCCAUGUCCCUGAGUGGAAUCUUCCCACGAGAUCUACCUUUGGCCGAGUCACCCUGUUGUGUUGUGCCCUGGACCAAGAUUGAACACUGCUGCAUCUAGUCCAGGCCUCUCUCAGGCUGACUGAAGGACCCCCAUCCAUAAUGCCCUUGUGGCCUUCCUCUUUCCAAAGCACUGGAGCUCAUGCAGAGGACAGCGUAGAGAGCUGCUGUGCCUUCCACUGUCCCAACUGUGGGGGUCAGUUGGCCUUUUGGUUUUGGUGAAUCCUGCUUGAUCAUCAGGCUCCCUGGCGUUUUCCACAGUUUCUGUGACAGGUGGGCACUGUGCUGUGUGUAUGUCCUAUGGGUCAUUUUGUACUCAUGCUCGUCCUGGCUGUGUGUGCUGUAGCUCCUGUCAUUGCUGUAAGUUCAACUUUAUCAAUAAAAAGAAUGUCUCACAUUGGAUGACAGAUGGCUGUGUGGUAUGGUUUGUGGGAUGGAGUCUGAUGUUCCAUUUCGUGUUCUGUACAUGGAAUGGUCUCCUCUUCCUGGUUCUUUCUAAACGUGGCCAGCUGACUCUGGUGGUCAGGUGGAAGCCCUCGGAGUUCCACGAUGACUUCAUAGAGGAGCUACUUUGGACUCGGGGACAGCUGCCAAGAUGUCUCAGUUGAAAUGGAAGUCGAAAACCAAUAUACCUCUGUCAAAAAUAGCCAGCAAGGUUACCUGGGGAGAACAGAUUGGGUCAGGUGGCUACUCCAUCCUCUCUUCGUUUCCAGGCGUGUGCUGUGCCCCACCCCGCCACUUGCCCUAGAACAGUACCUCAUGGAAAUCCCUGCUGGUUGUCUGCUGAAGGCCAGAUUCAUCCUUGUCAAAGCCAGUGUCUUCUGAGGACUUAAGAGAGAACUCUCAGUCUCAAAAGGUAAGAAGACCAUCAGAGGUUGAUAAAGGGGAGGGGUGUUCCAGAACCGCCCAGACAUUGCUCAUCAGCACAGAGGUCUACCAGUUACCCAUCUCGGCACCAGGGUAGCAAACUCCGAUAUUCACAAGGCCAUGUAGGUAACUUACCUGGCCACUGCUGCAGGCUUGUUUUCCCUUUUAAAAGGGUUGUAUUGGCCAAAUGCAACAGAUCUGAGGCUACCAAUUCAGGCUGUAUAUGGACUAUCCUUCCUUUUGUCCAGCCAAGUUGUGGCAACGGUGGAAUAGGCCGUACAAAUUACUAUCAAGCCAGGUAAGUAUUUAGCAUCUAUUGUAUGCUUGGGGCUGGGGAAUAGGGAGAUAAUUAGUACGAAUUAAGAUUAAAUUAAGAUAAAUUAAAUAGGCCCUUGCCUUCAAAGAGCUCACUGUGAGACAGGAGUAAUAAUAGGAGCUGUCAUUUCUUGUGUAACUACAGUUUGCUGAGCCUUCCAAGACGUUUGGGGGCCGUUUAGAUCUCACCACAGCCCUGCACUGGGCGCUGCAGAUCCGUUUUGCUGAUGAGAGGUGUGUGGCUCAGAGAAGGCAUGUGAUCUGCCUGAGAUAAAUUAGCUGGGAAGUGGAGAGUCAGGCAGAAUUUGAACCCAGAGCUCUGGGACGCUACAGCCGUGUGUUUCCCAUCACACCUUGCUGUCUGCAUGGUCAGACAGACAUGCAAAGCAUCAUGCGUGCAUGGCAGAGAGGAGCAGUUUGGGAGCGUGGAGGUGGCAGUGAUGAAUGUCACCUGAAAGCUGUGGAAAAACUCCUUGGAAGAGGUGUCAUUUGAGCCAGGCUUUGAACAAUGAGUAGGAGUUCAUAUCCAGGGGAGAUGGUCUGCGUUGCAUAGAGGGAACAUGUGAGUAAAAGUGGAUUGUUUGUUGUGUCUGGGGAUGGUGGGGAGCAGUUGGUGUGCCUGGACCAUGGUGUGUGCAUCGAAACUAGAAAGACCGGUCAGGGCUACAAUGCAAAGGGCUUUGAAUGGCACACUCAGCAGAGGGUGGUGGUGGUGGUUGCCUGGAAAGUGUCAGAGCCAAGAGUAAAGUCAUAAUCAGCCCUGCCUUCCAGAAAGACGACUGAUGCCAGUGUUGGCAGGUGGAUUGGAAAGGAAGGCCAAACUCUUGUCCCAGUUAGGGGACAUCAUUGUACUUGUCCCAGCACAAGGCCAGUGUCUGGGAUAAGCCAGGGAUGUGGGGGAGGAGGACUUAGGUGUAGGAGAAGAAUCACAGUAAGAACGGGGGACAGUAUGAACGUAUAGGAGAAGGGACGAGCCGAAGAUAGUGCUGAGAUGUCUAAUAUAGGGCCUGCAUGGCUGUAGGAGUAUUAACGAGCUCAUUGGUUGGGCUCCACGAAAGCAGGUCUUUUACUCUGUUCGCUCGUGUAUCCAGUUGCCUGGCACUCAACAAAUGUGUGUAGACCAUGAGGGAAUGAAUGGAAUUACACAGGAGGAUGAGCACGUUUGCUUGUUUGGUAGGGUUGGUGUAGGGAGAAUGAGCCAUCUAAUUUACACCUUGUCUUUUGGCUUUUUGAACCAAACCAGGCUUCUUGAAAGCCCAAGACCCAAAACAGUGCAUUUCAGUGAACAACACACACUCAGCGGUUAAUUGUCCACUCUUGGAGUCUUUUGGGGGAAACGGCCUUUGAUGACCUAAGCCUUUUGUGACCUGAAGUAUUGUGCUAGCUUGUCAAAAUGAGUCCUGCAGAGAAGAGGCAUUCAUUGUUGAGGACUGAAGGGGUGGGAUCAGCUAUGUGGGGACUUGGGGAAGCAAGUGGGAGGAGGAAGCUGAAGGCCCCCCAUCAGGGGUGUCUGCUAGAGCCCUGGUGUGCGUGCAGACGAUCUGAUCUGACCCUGACCCAGGCAGGUGUCUGGGAUGCUCAGGACCAAAUCAGAUUGGUUGGGGCAGAUGCAGCUGGAUUCCUCGAGGUCUUGAAUUCUGAGCACUGAAGAUUGAAACAAUAUAGUCACUGAACAGAAGCGUUACAAAUUGGAGUCCUGGUAUGAGUGAAGUGAGAGACCUGGCUCUGUCCACUAACCCCGCCGAGCCUCAGUCAUGGCAUCUGCAAAACGGAAACAGUAGUGAACUCCCCAAAGUCAGGAGAGGCAAUCUAGAUCUUUCUUGGUCUUCUUAGGUCUAAAGUGGUUAGGAUUUAUUUGACGGCCUCACUAUAACCCUUCAUACCCUGUCCUUCCCCAGAGUCUCUCUUUCAAUAUGAUGUGCUUAGAAAUGUUCAGCUCGGAGAUCAACCUUCUCAGUCCCUGGUUCUUGUAGUCAUGUUUGUUCCAGGCACCCACCCCAGGUGGAUUCCAGAAGAGCGAGGAGGUUCUUAGCUCCCCAGCGUCAUCCAUCACUCUUAGCCAACGUGAGUCUCAACUGUUUACCCAGCUACCCAUGGCCAAGAUGGAGAAGGUGUUUGAGGAGGAUGUUGACUCAACCGGAGUGCCUGGCCCGUCUUACUUGUUCAGAACUGGGAUCUGAUCUUUUCUCACCGAGUGGUGCUGUGGGGCCAUCACAGUGCUCUGGCGUGGAAGGUGUGUGGCCACUGUCUGUGGGCUGGCUGAAUGCUGAACACGUGGGAUGCGGAAGACAAGCCCGCAAACAGGAUUCUCCGUGUGCCCCUCCCUCAGCGCCCGGACACCUAGGACACCGCCGCGGCUGCUGACGGGGCCAGUGACUAGCUGUGCAGUGCAUGAUGUUCUCUCUUCUCUUUUGAAGCCCUGGGCGUGAAGGCUUUCAUUAAGGCCACGAAGAAGAUUCUGAGCAGUGUGUCAGAUGAGAUGCUGGAGGCGCUGUUUUUGAAGGUGGACACAGACUGUAAUGGCUCCAUCACCUGGCAGAAGUACGUGGAUUACGUGAUGCGUGAGUUCCAGAGAAAGGAGAUGAUGAGGACAAGCCAGUACCGCCUGCGCUUCCACCUCCCCAUGAGGAUCAUCCCGCUGAACCAUGGAUGUGAGAUUGUGAAGGUGCAGAUUUUAAUCCAGCAGUUCAAGAAGAUUGGGCAUCUCCUGACUGUCACCAAGGACGGGAUCUUGCAGAUCUGGUCUGAGACCUUCGCGCUGAUUAACUCCUUUAGGCUUAACCAGAUCCAGCAGCCCCACCACCAGCAGAUGUGGGUCAUCGACAUGGUCUGUCUCCACAACAUGAACCUGAUAGCGAUUGCAUCUACCGACCAGAAGAUAGAGUUCUUUGAUAUCAGCAACCACAACUGUGCCCGGGCCUUCACCUUCACUGAUCUGGACAGUUGUGUCCUGACCAUAGACUACUGGUCUGACUGUCACAGAGGUGUGUUCUGCUAUGGGGACACCAAAGGCAAUGUCAUCGUCUUCACCUCCAGCAAUGUGACCCACGGGCUGUUCAACCCCCGAAUCCUCCCCAGGACCUCCAAAUGGGAUCACUGGACCAACGUUUCCGCACGGAAGCUCCUAAAUGAAAAGUCCCCUUUGUAUAGAAGUUACUGGCUGAAAGCUCUUCAUCCCAACUGGUGCCAGCAGGUCAAGUUCAUCCCCCAGCUGAACAUGGUGGCCUCCUGCUCAGCCAUUGAGAAGUCCUCUCUGGUGCUGACCUUAUUGCCGUCCAAAGGUCUAGAGAGCCCCAAGUUUUCAGUGCUGAACUUAAGAAAAGGGAUUCUUUGCUUUGAUUACUGCCCAGACAAGAACUUGGUGGUGACUGGCGGCUAUGACCCCCUCAUCCGCCUAUGGAACCCCUUCUUCUCAAAAAGGCCCAUGUGGCUGAUGAAGGGGCAUCAGACCUCCGUGACGCACAUCCUCAUGAAUAGCAAGAACAGCAGCAUCCUCUUCAGCAUCUCCAAGGACAAGAAUAUCCGCGUGUGGGACAUGCAAGACUACAUAUGCCUUCAGUCCUUUUGUGGGAAGCUCUUUGCCCUGGGCAACUGCCCCAUUACCAGCGCCUACUUCCACGAGAACGAAGACAGCCUCGUCUGCACGACCUACUCAAUUGGGAUCCUAAAAGGGUACUUGGAGACCAAGGGGCCUGGGAAAGCAGGGGAGAAGACCUCGACUUACAGCACACCCCUGUGCGCCAUCCUCUACAGUAAGAUUUUUAAGCAGGUGGUGAGCGGCUGCCUGAGCAGCUUGGUGACAGUGUGGGAGAUCACGACGGGCAGGAGGAUGAUGGAGUUCUGUGUGACUGGGGACCAGCACGUGGAGCUGACCACCAUGUGCCUGGAUGAAUCAGAGCGGCGCCUGCUUACGGGUUUGUGCGAUGGCACCAUAAAGAUGUGGAACUAUGCCGUUGGCGAAUGCCUGCUGACCUUCCCCAACCCGGACCAGCUGGAGGUUAGCGGGAUUGUCCACAUGAACAAGGUGUUCUACGUGACAGGAUGGAGUAAGAGAAUCACUUGUUUCACGCUCCACGAGACCAAGCCGAUGCUUCAGUGCCACCACUGGCAGAACUUCCACAAGGAAGAUGUCCUGAGCAUGGCCAAGUACCAGAACCAGUUCCUCGGGACCUCCUCCUACAACGGGGACGUCCUCCUCUGGAACGCCAACCUGUUCAAGCCCAUCCUCAAUUUCAACGCCUCUAAGAGCCCCUUGCCUUUGCUGCCCAAGAAGGUCCAAGAAGUGAACGACUCCCCGGCAGAGGGUUUCAGGUCCAGCAGGACCUAUGCGGAGCCCAAGAAGUGGGCACACAAAGCCCCCACACAGCCCCCGGACCCUAGGGCCAAGACUGCGGCCAACGCCCACCUACAGCGGAACGUGAUGUCAGCUCCCCCAGUGAUGAAACGCCCCAGAGACAGGGAGCCAGAGAGGCCCGUGCCCCCGCAGAAACCUGUCAGUGCUGAAAGCCCUAAGGCGUUUAGAAUACCCUAUGGCAGACAGUCAGUUCUCAGAGAUGCUCAAAGGAGAGGAGGGGAGUUCCAGAAGAAGGUUCUGCUGCAAUCCAAUGCAUCGGUGGAGAAGAUCAUCUUCCUGCAGACCAGGCCUCGCCUGCCACACAUAGCCACCCUGCUGAGCAGCUGCGUGGAUGGCCACAUCUAUGCCUGGUCCAUCCAUGGAGGCGGAGGUCUGCUCGGGAAGUUCCCUGUGGACUUCGAAGACAAGGGGGAUGUGGUUGUGGGCGCCAUGGCCACUGAUGAAAAAGACUUGAUCCUCGUCACAGGGGAUUGUAAAGGAUACAUCAAGAUCUGGGACAUCAAAGAUUAUUGCACAUUCAGUGACAAGUGUCCACUUCAACCCAAUGGAACAAGCAAGUUCCAGUUCUUAAUUCCUGAACGGGUCCAGAUCAACCUUCCACACUACAUCCCCUUGAAGGAGAAGGAGGUUGUGGCUGGCCAGACCAUUUCCUUGGUUCCUCCCAAGCUUCUGAAUACCUGGAAGGACCAUUUGGACAGUGUGGCAGACAUCCUGUAUGUAGAUACCUUCCAGCUGGUUAUCAGUGCUGGCCAGGACUGUAAUGUCAAGGCUCGGAAACUCUCCGGUGACACCAUUGGGACGUUCGGCCUGAGUGUCUGGAAAAGGCUGCGGGAUAUUCAGAUGGUUGGUGAUCCUGAACUGAGAAGAAACUCAAAGGAGGAGGAUGACACUGUAGUUGCUGCCCAGAAGGCCUUCCAUUCAGAGCUGAAGGAGGAGCGGGCUCUGGCUGAGGCCCUGGCGUACCAGCGGCAGGAGGAGGCGGCACUCGUGGCUCUCCUGAAUGGGAAGCCAGACACGGAGGCCGAAGCUUGGACCAACCUGCAGAAGAUAACCCAGACGUCCCCGUGGGCUGGAGAGCGCUCCCAGGAAGACGUUGAGAGCAGCUGGUGCAAGUGGGAGUCCAAGGGCAAGCAGGAGAGCAAAGUUGUGGGAGCCGCGUACAAGCCUAAGGACCGGUCACGGAGUCCUGGACUCCGGUCCACCAACGUGCAGUAUGGCUGGAUGAAGUACCAGAUUUCACCUCAGAUCUACCAAAGCCUGCACUUCAACAACCUGUCGCCCACCCACACGUCUGACCUCGUGUUGCACAACGUCCUGGGGCAGCAGGGCCAGCGCACCCACCCAGUGACCCACAACCGCCAGAAGGACCCGGAUGCUGACAGGGAGACUGUGCCCAACACCACAACCAGCUCGCCCACUGCCUCCCUCUCUCCCAGCGACUCCCUCUCCUGGACAGCCUCAGGCUCCAGGUUCCUGGAGUCUGGCCUGUCCACCUCCCCGUACCUCCAGUCCUCCCCCUCGGUCUUGUCCCAGGCAUCCAGGUACAUCGUGCAGAGGUCGGCCAUCCCCAUGCCUGUUGCCUCGUCCGUCAAGCAGCUCUCAAGACCCCCAAAUACCACCCUUCUGUCCUCCAUGAAAAGUUCCCGCAUCGGGUUCUGAGGUGGCCCCCCGUGUCUCCAGUCGUCCAGCACAGUGACCAGGCCCAUGGGGGUCCUGUCUGUCCCUGGCUCACCCCUGCCAGGCCCAGAGGAUACAGACCUCCUUCUAUCGACCUCCUUCUUCACUAGAGUCCGGGAGAAGAAAAUAAAUAUUUGCAGAUA